AGUGCAAAGUGCUGAAGUGGGGGCCUACAGAGAAUGUAGAGGGGGCUUUGGACACACCGCUUGUACUGCAGGGGGAGACUAUGCAGUGUGUCACGGACUACAAGUACUUGGGUGUACACCUGUCCACGGGUAGGAACUACAUCCAAGCACAUGAAUCGGCUGUCCGAGCAAAGGCCAUGAGGGGAAAGGGAGUGCUGGCAGCAACGUCCAUGUGGGCUUUCGACCGCUACGAGGUUGCUCGUAGCCUGUGGAAGAUGGUGAUGGUGCCCGGACUGACUUUUGCGAAUCGGGUGCUGUGCACGUCGUCUCAGACUCGGGAGUUCCUAGAGGUUCGACAGCGGGAGGCGGGACGGAUGGCACUCGGGGCACACAGGGGGACUCCAAACGAAGGGGUGCAGGGGGACCUCGGAUGGUCUGCUUUUGAGUCGAGGGAAGCGGUGGCUAAGCUGAUUUACGAGAGGCGUCUUCGCGGCCUCGGAGAGGAGCGAUGGGCCAGGAGGGUGUUUAAGUACCUCGUGUACAGGAGUGUAAACACGCGCCUGACCAAACGGGUGGCCAGGCUCGCGGGGAAAUAUGAGGUACCACCGACCCUGCUGGACGGCCGGCCGCUCCGAGAGGGGGUUACGGACCUCAAGAAGCACGUGCGGCAGGUCGAGACGCAAAGGUGGACGGAGUCGGCCACACGAAAACCAUCAAUGACUGUGUAUGCUGCCUCGAAGCGGGAGAUCGAGCGGGAGCAGCUGUACGAUGACUCCAGGGGCAGCAGCUUGCUUUUCGAGGCACGCACGGGAACCCUCAAGACCAGGCUGAUGAGAUCGCGAUUUGACGCUGGGGCCCCAAUCGCCUGCGUAGCCUGCGGAGCAGCAGAGGAGACAACCGAACAUCUGGUGCUGCAGUGCAAGGCCCUCAGCCCGUGCCCCCAGGUGGACCAUCUGCCGGACGCGCUGGGCUUCCGGACGGCGGAGCGGGGGGAUAACGGCGAGGAACACGUCGAGACCACCAAGCGCCGACUAGAGCAGUGGUGGGAGAUUUCUUGGUGGCUGUGGAAGAGGGAGAGGCGAGCUGGGCCGGACGUGCAAGCGCAAGCCGGACAACCGAUUUUUUCCGCCCAAGUCGACCUGCCCCACACCGUGGACCCGACCGAAGCUCCAACACAUCAAGAACUCGGCUAG